UCCGUUUUGACCGUGAAAUAUAUUAUGUAGUCAUUGCUGUUCAAGUAUUUUUAAAAAUAGUGAAUUAACCAUUUAUCAGUUUUAAGUUGAAGAAGUGUUACAAUGGCUAGCCCAGAUUUUCGAAAGGAUGUCUCUAUACCAGUUCGCCCCAGGAGUGUGUAUACUGCUCAUUCUUACAAUCAGGAGGAAUCAAACCUCUCCGCCUUCAAUGACUACAGCAAGUUUCUGGAGGGUGGCCUGGGGCAAGCAGAGCUGGUGGGGGCCGCUGGCUGGCAGCCGCCAUGGCGAGCGCCGUUGCAACGCAAGGCCCCCUUCUAUCCAGGCGACGACAUCUACCACGCAGACACAUGGCGCGAACUUGAGGUUACAGACGUGGUGGGAGGUGCAGGCUACAAUGCUUCCGUGACUCCGCAUGGCACUGUCUGUCUGAGACUACGAGAUAGAGUCAAAGUGGACAUGACGAUUGACGGCGCAGUGCGAGUGACCAACGUGAAGAACAACAUAAUUCUCGCCCUGUCCCGCUCCGGAGCGGCUGCUGCACUCAUUCACCCCAACGGUCGCAUCUACCACUACGGUUCCCGGGUCGAGAUUCAAGCACGCCACCAGCAAGGAAACAACAAAUAUGCGAAGAUGUGGUACAAGGGAGUUUCGUUCACCGCGGAACAAUGUGCGCUGGUGUACCUAGUGGACGCGGCUGGGACACGAACCACCACGGACACCUUUCUCGACAUGAGCCAGGACUUCACACUCAAUGUAUUUUACAACGAAUCUCGGCAUGGUCCAUCGUUCGUGAACGAGGCUCUGUCACUACUGCAGGCAGCGCAGUACUGGCUGACAGAUGAUGGCAUCGACAAUUGGAUCAUCAACAACGUGCGUGUCAGCCAGACUGCCGAUGGCUUAGUUAGAAUACAUCGCUGCAGUCACAAGUACCAGUUACGCACGAGCCCCAGCAACGGGUCGGCGUCGAUCACAAGUCCCUUUCUGCACUGCACGGCUUCUCUAGGACAGACUCAGCAUCUCUUCGUGAGGCGCGGUGAGCGGCGGAUGCAUUUUGACGGCAACUCUUUCAUAGUGCGCAACGCCGGCCAUUCCGCCGGCUUCGACGACAAGAACCAGCUCAAAGUGUACUGAGCCCUCAUCAACACCAUGUUGUACAGAACUAGUUGUCCAGUGCCAAUACUUUCCCUUUAUUUCCUUAUUAAUAUUAGACUAAAACACGCGGACAAGUCUCUUUCCCAAAGUAUUCCGAUCGUAGGUAUAAUUUUAUGCAUUUGAACCUCGACCACAUUCAGUAUGUAAAGCUUUUCAGUUUUUUUGAUUGCGUAUUUUUUUUAAGUCGCAUUUUUUCCUGUGUUACUGCCAGGCUCCCUUUUGUGUGUCGAGAACUAACUUCCAGACUGCGUCAUUGUAGGUAAUUAAGAUUACAGUUUCAUGAAUAAGUGUGUUAGAUCAUCAAGUACUCGCGAUGUGCAUAGCCCUUUAUUAUGAUACUUACGACAUACGAUUACAAUGUUUAUUUUAUAAGUUUUUAGAUUUCAUUAUGCAAUAGUCUGUUUUCACGCAGUGUUUUGUCUUCGACUCUUUUUAUUAUUUAUUUUUAUGCUAUGACGGUAGUUUUUUCUAAUUUUCGUUUUUUAAUCGAUGUGCUGUUUGGUAAAACUAACAUAACAAUUCAAUAGCAAACAUUGCACUGUAAAGUAACUCACUGUUUAAACAUAUUAGUGUCUAUAUAUAGAUAGAGGAUUGUUCAAUUAAAUGCACUUUAACAGCUCAUUGAAUUUGUUAAAAUAAUUUGAAGCUUAUUCUAGUAGAACUAUCAAUUUGUUACCUUGAUUUAUGUAGUAGUAUUGUUGUUGUGAAUUUAUCAUAUUGGCUUAGCAUUAGCAUGGCUUAUAUUCCCGUGGCGUAUUUUUUGCAAUUUGCAUGCACGUAUAAUGGCUAGGUAUAAAAAUAAAAGGAAUUUUAUUUCUUUGAAAUAACAAUUGAUUUUAAAAUAUAUGUUAACAUCAUUAUGGUAAUAUUAUCUAUACAGUAUUGUGACUCGCCCCUGUCCUUGAAAUAACUGCCUACGGCCGAGCGGGGCGUAUCCACGCGGUAGGGCUGCCCGCCUACAGUAUUUUAAUUUCAUCUACAUAAUUGAGUUUCUUUCUAGUUUUGUGAUUGUAAAUAUGUUAUUUAAUAUGUAAAAAAAAUGUGAAUGAAUUAGGAAGUGUUACAUAAAAACAUGUUAUUUUAAGUGUAAUAUUUAAUAAAAACUAGCAAACCCGGCGAACUCCGUUUCGCCACCAGAUGGCUUCGUUUUAUGUAACGUUUUAUGUAAAAAGAAGUUUUUUUUUUAAUUUUUCCUGAAUUUUCUUUGCUAUAAACCUCACGGAGCCCGAGACCUUUCGAACGAAUGCAAAACCGUGGAAAUCGGUUCGUGCGUUCUGGAGUUAUAGCGUCAGGAAGGAAAACCCGACUUAUUUUUAUAUUAAUAAAAAUAGAUUUGGGACAGAAAAAUAUUUACGCCUCGACUGAGACGUACGAAAAGCUUUAUAAUUAAAUUUAAUAGUAUAAUAAAUACGCAUUCGUAUAAAAAAAAUAUAUUAAAGAGUUCAAGCAACCAAAAAUAGGACAAUAUCGACUAUUGCUCUUUACUAUAUUAAAUUAUGUAGCUAUCUACUUAAUUCAAUCAAAUAUUCACAAUACAAACGUUUAAGCACGGCUAACUGCUUAAAAAACAAUUCACACCGUUCGGUCGUCGCUGCGGCGCAUUCGCGACUGGAUGCCCACCGGUGCUACGCGAACUCGAGUGGCGUAGGUAUGACACGCUUUCCGGCCGUUUGUAUGAAGAUAGAAUACUGUAUAGAUAAUAUUACCGUGUCAUCAUGCAUUAAUGCACGAGGUCGGGAUAAUAGUCUGUAAUAGGAAUGAACAAUUAUCGUGAUCUCCAUUCAUUAGUUUUUUACAAUGAGAAUAAUGAUGUGAAAAUUUUUAAGUCUUGAGGUUGUAGGGCUAUUGUUCUAGGUGCGCUAAAUGAAAAUGUCGUUGCCUAAUCUAAUCAAAGCAUUGUAUCUUGAUCAAUACUGUUAUAUCAAAGCAAUUCUAUCAUAUUUUUAACGUUCUACAUAAUUUCUUCGUUUGUAUAAAGAUCUAGGGGGACGUAGUAAUAGAGGCUUGGCAGUGUGUUUAAAACGAUCUGUUUACGGCGUACGUGAUAUUCGACUUGUCCAGAAUGUUUCUUAAUGUAAAUAAAAAAAAUUCAAGUAUUCAUUUUGCGAAAAGAUUAAUAAACCAAAUUAUAAUCCCA